AAGUGGGAGAACAGUAAACACAACGGGCCUCAGCCUAAAAGAAGAAGAAUACAAGGUUACAGAGAAGACCCAUUUGUCUUUUUCAAGGAGGAUGAGCCAGUUUGGCCUUUGAUCAAGGAUUUUUAUGAAAUGAAGCCAGAGUUGCCACUCGAUUGUUUACUGACCAGGUGUCAUGUGGGCAAGAGGAAAAACAUUUACUUUGUUUCGCCAGCAAUCCGAGACAUUAUUGACAAAAAUCAGGACAAAGUUAAGUUGAUAAAUGCUGGAGUCAAAGUGUUUGCUCGAUGUGACAACAAGAAUGUGAACUGUUGCUUUCGUCUGGCACAAGAGGGUUUAAAUAGCAUAUCACAGUAUAUAGGAGAUUGCCGGAGAGUAUCUAUUUGCAAGUCUGAUCUACUCACCCUCCUGACUGUCGAUGAUCCCAAACAUCCUCCUGAGACUACAACUCUAGAUCCUGCCACACAAAAGAGACUCGAGGCUGUCUCCCAUGGCAGUUGUGUGCUGGAGUAUCGAGGGGAAGAUAACCUCAAUCUGGACCUCGUGGGGUGGAGGGGCUCGUGUUCUCUCAGGGCCUACGUCUCUCAGCCUGACUGUGUGCACUUUCUGAGGCUCUUGGGUGGUGACACUUCUAUGUUUGAUAAAAAUAAGUUCAAGAAAGAAGAUGAAAUAAAGGAAGAAUCAUCUGAACUAAUAAUUACUGAUAAAGAUGAAAUUCUUGAAGACAUGGAGACUAAACAAGAGGAAAGUAAAGAUGAGGUUGCGACAAGCGGUGCAGGAGAUACGACAGACCCUAAGUUGGAAGAAGACAUAUAAAGAAAUUGAAAUCAAAGAAAAUCUAUGAUAGAGGUGAUUGUAACAGGUGGUACAGGAUAUACAAAUUAUGAUAGCAAACUCCAUACUGUAUACUAUGUGUUAAUGUGAAAUGUUUUCCUGUACACAAUUCAUUUUAUUGAAAGUAUUCACAACCACAUGCUUCACAUGUGGUUAAACCACAUUAAUUUUGUGUUGACUCCAAUGUGUUUUAUUUUAUUUAGUGAUUGUUAAAAACAAAAUAUACUAUUUUUACUUA